AAAUAAUAAUAAUAAAAAAAAAUUACAUAGAUAUAUCUUUCAUUUUGUGUUCAAUCCAUGGAUACUCCACCACAAUCUUCCGAGCUCGAUCUUCCGGGAUUCAGAUUUCACCCGACCGAAGAAGAGCUCCUUAACUUCUACCUUCGAAGCAUGGUUUUCGGCAAGAAAUUACGAGACGACAUCAUCGGUUUUCUCAACAUCUACAAGCAUGAUCCUACGGAGUUACCUGGCCUGGCAAAAAUUGAUGGAAGGGAGUGGUAUUUUUUCGUGCCAAGGGACAGGAAAAACGGGAGCAGCGUAGGAAGGCCAAACAGGACAACCGAAACCGGGUUUUGGAAGGCAACUGGGUCGGAUCGCAAGAUACUCAGCAUAACCGACCCGAAGAAGAAGAUUCUCGGGCUGAAGAAAACGCUCGUUUUUUACGAGGGCCGGGCCCCACGCGGAAGGAAAACCGAUUGGAUCAUGAACGAGUAUCGCUUGCCCGAUUCUUGCUCCCCACCUAAGGACAUAGUGUUGUGCAAAAUAUACAGAAAGGCGACGUCGUUGAAGGUUUUGGAGAAGAUGGCGGCUAUGGAGGAAGAAAUCCCGGUAAACUCUCCUCCAAUGGAGUCUACUUCAUUUUGCAGUCAAUUUAGCCAAUUUGACGAUUGUGUGAGUUUCGAAAGCGGUCAAAAAGGGCAGAUUAACACCGGUUUAGUGCUGCCGAAUGGCGCUAUGGAAAAUAUAACUGAGCUUCAGCUGCCUAGUUUCAACAUUGACUGGAACCACGAGUCCUUCUGGAUGCUCGAGAAUCUUACACCUUUCUUGCCUUUGUGUUAGUUAUUAGUUUCUCUGAAAAAUGCAUUGUAUCUAAUUUUACGAGCAAGCAAGUAAUAAUCGAGUUAGUACCCACAUUUGUUUGUCACGGUAAAAAAAUGAGUACAAAUUUCAUCGGUAGAAUAGAAUCCUCAUGUUGUAGUAGCCAGUAGCCGAACCAGUCGAAGUCAUCGGGAGAGUAAAGGGGACAAAGGAUCAAAGUGUGUUUGAGAAAAUCCUUAAAGAGCACACAACGAAAAAGGCAGAUUUGUUCACCACAUUUCACAAUAAAGGCUCUGCUAUUGUAUAGCCAGGUCAUCAUCUUUGUUACAAUUUAAUCCAGUCUCUGUAUAUUCCUAAACAUGGUUGCGAUAUAUCAUUACUAGUAAGUAAUCGAUUAUAUCUUUCUAUAAAGAGCCUGAUUAGUCCAAUCAUAAUACCAGGUUUACUAUCAAUGCUUAAGGCUUCUCUUAUUCCAUUGUUUAGAAUAAGAGGGUAUUACUAGAGAGCACGAGAUAUGUGCAAGAUAAAAU